CUUCUCCCUUUCCUCUAUCGCCCAACACGGCUUUCGCUACGAUGCAAACUAUUAACCGUUUCCUCUAUGGCCCCACACCCGAAGAGCGGGUUCGAGCAUGGAAGAGCAAGCUUCGGUCAGAGACCCGUAUCCUUGACCGGGAGAUGAGACAGCUCGAUGUGGCAACAAACAAGGCUAGGCAGAGCGUGAAGCAAUUAGCAUCGAAAGGCGAUGUCAAGAACGCACGUAUAUUAGCUCGAGAGGUCGUCCGCAGUAACAAGCAGAAGGACCGCUUGUCUGUGAGCAAGGCGCGGCUAGGAUCCAUUGAGACACAGUUGUCUCAACAGAUGGCUAUGAUCAAAGUAACAGGGUCAUUGCAGAAAUCUACUCAAAUCAUGAAACUAUCCAACUCUCUGAUAAAACUGCCGCAAAUCAGUCAAACAAUGCGAGAGAUGAGCAUGGAGAUGACGAAGGCUGGCAUCAUGGAAGAAAUGCUGGGCGAUACGCUAGACAUGGAUGAAGACGAAGAGUUGGAAGAAGAAGCUGAUGCUGAGGUCGAAAAGGUCCUCUUUGAGUUGACGAAUGGCAAACUGGGAGAAGCUGGGUCUGUUGGAACUGAACUUCCGCCGUUGGAAAGCAAGCUGGAGGACGCAGAAAUAGAAAGGACGAUGGAGCAGUAUCGACAACAACUCAAUGGCAUUUUAAGUGGGUGACAUAGGGGAUCUGGAUUUGUGUAAUAUAUACCUAGAUGUACAUUAUUCGUUUAUUUCGGACUUGUAAUGGUCAUUACUCAUCAAUUGGCGCCGCU